AAUAGUCACUGUAGUACCUCGAACCUCAUGCAACGAUUUGUUGACAAAAAUCCCCAAAGCACUGUAUUGGCCAGCUGCUAUAGCGUCAGCAUGGAUUUGGCGACUCUGAAUGGCUUCCACUACUGCACUACGAACGGGGCCGGAGUACAGUGGUAUCCCUGAGGUUCCCUCAGGGUCGAAGACUGCCAAUGCAAGUCCUCCCCUCGAUACUUCGCUCGCUUCCACAAUGGGGGGCAGUUAUCCAGUGAAUCAUUCGCUGGAGCAAAAAGGGGAGGCGGCGCAUACUAUUCCGGAAGAGUGUGAGAGGCUCUUUUGCGAUGCCCUUUCUGCGAUUUUCCUUGGUGAGAGGUUGUCCAGGCAGGAGUUGCUUGGGGUAGAUGCGUCCUUAACUCAGAUAAAUAAUGCGGACGGCGAACAUUCGCGGAUUCAAAUGUGGGUCGAAGUAUUGGACUAUACUACUGACGCCAUAUACCGUGGGUUCGUAACUGAUACAAACGGUGAGCGGACACUGUUUGUGUUCUUAAUGGAAACAGCCGUUGGCCACGGCCUGAAAUCAGGUUUGAUCGCCUUGUUCGAACUGGCCAGCGUCCCGGCUUUCGGAUGCUCGCAGAUAAUUGCUUGCGUGCCGCGUUCGAAAGACGGUAGCGAACUGGAAUCCGUACGGAACCUCGGAUGGUGUGGGUUUAGUUUGACCACUCUGGAACAGUUUGGUGCUAGGAACGGGAACUGUCUCAGCAACAGAUGGCUUUUUUUAAGCGCAGAAGCUUGAGCUUGGUUUCAUAUAAUUCUCUGUUCUUUUGUUCUAUUACCUUUUUCUUUCCCUUCUCUUUUUAGUUUAUUUAUAUAAUACUUGUGCAUUAGGAUUUCAGGACUAGUAAUUGAGCGUCUGACUGAUC